GUGAAGUUACUCGACGUGAGUUUCAUGAUGACCCACAUGUUUGUGGUCCACAGCGCAACCCAGACAAUUACGAGGCAGCUCUUGGACACCUACAAGCAGAAGGCAUCAGAGACGUCAAAGGAAUUAAGAAAUGGCUUUUCUACACGAUUCCAUCCGUGAGGUCCUGCCUGACCUAUCUGAUGUGGCAAAAGACAUGUUAGUGGAAACACUGUUAGCACAGGGGGUAGAGACAUACUCUGACUUGCAGUAUAUAACAGAGGCAGAUUUAUUGUCAGCGCUAAGACCCAUUCAAGCACGGAAAGCUGUGGCUGCAUGGAAGGUAAAAUGUAAGUAUGAUGCAGCCAGCCAUAAAGAUAGCAACAGUUCAUUCAGCAUCCAGGAAGGUGCUUCAUCUCUUCCCUCAGUCUCACCAGGACCUUCUUCAUCCUCUCGGGCUCUCUCCCCAAAAUCAACCUCUUCCAGUGCCUCUUGCAGCCCAGAUGUUGACUGGGCAGAUACUUUUGACAUUCCAUGGAAGAAGUUUCCAGAAGAAUUGAUCCAGUCCUUAGAAAGAGGGAAGCGUCCAAGUCCACAGAAGAGGAGGGAGAUGGUGAGGAUUGUGGUACGCGAAAUGAUGCAGAAGUCAUCAGACAUAAGUAAAAGGCACAUCACUAUUGUGGCCAAAAAAAUAGUGGCUACAUAUCCCAAAUCACUGCAGGAUGUAAUUGAAGGGGACAUAAUUGGGUCAGGGUACCAUUCCCUCGUAAAACAGCUCCAAAAUAGAAUUGAAAAUGCAAAACGCUCCACAACACCAAAAAGCAGAAAAAGAAAACUGCACGCAGACUCUGACACGGAUGAAAUGCCUGCUGAAAAAAGAGCUCCAAUCCAGGAGACCUAUGGUUGCAUCAAAUGGGAAAUGAAGUUCAUGCCCCUUGGGGAGACUGCAGAGAGCCAACAGCAGAGCAGAGACGAACUGAAAAGCCUGUCUAAACAAAAUGCCCCAAACCAGGAUGUGGUUAAACAGCUCACCAGGUCGACAUUAUUAUUUAUUUUAUUACAGGCCCUAGGCCCAAAAAUUUCAGGUUUUGUUCGAAUUUUGCUCCUGCCUGUAACAGCUCCACAUGCAGCUCCACAUGCUGCGGCAGCCAUCUUGUUAGAUCUUGCAUUCUACACCCAACGCAAAGAGGUCAACAACGGGAAAGAAAUCAAAUACUUACUGGAAGACUGGCCAUUUUUGUUUGAUAAGAUAGGCAUGGCUGUUCACUUUGAAGAGCUCACUGGAGUUAGUCUGAAAGAGACAUUUGUUAGGAAUUUGGACCUAAAGGGGGAACGACUCUUAAAUUACUUGAAAACAGUUGCUGUGAACAAGUCAAAGAGGCUAGUCCAAUCUUUUACAAACAUUCAGCUGAUGAGGAGAGAGCACACAGGGCCCUCAGGCGAUGUGUUGGAGAUGGUGUUGCUCCUGUUGUCUUACUUCGACGAGAAGGAAGACGUGAUGUUCACAUACGUGGAAGACACAUGCCUGGCGGAGGAGGUGCAGAUGGACCAAGUUCCCUUGACACCAACCAUUGUUGUCUGUGGUAAGUUGACCAUGUGCUCUCUUACACAGGCAUACACAUGCCAAACUGUGUCUCAGAAACACACCCACAUCCAUUGUCCUCUCACCUUUUUGUUGUUAUUGUAUUUGUUUUUGUAGGACAAUCGUGCUUCUCGGCAAAGAGAUGGAUGCUGAGUGUGGACUGAAUGAUUGUACAGCCCAGUAUCACAUCAUUCAUACCGGCCCUGUGUCUGAUGUUUGGCAGCUUCUAUGUCUUUAAUAUCCACUAUCCAGUAGUCCUCGCAUCCACGCUGGAGUUCUUACAGAGAUGUUUCUUUUCCAUCAAUCCGGAGAGGGGGACCAAGGUGGAGAAGACCAGCAAAUCCCGCCUCCAUGUGAACCCGAGAGUUCUUACACUUAUACAAGACCUGUCUGACCAUGAAUGGUGCUCACAGUAAGACUGUUCGAUGAUCCACCCUCUCUCACUCAUCCGCCCACAAACAUACAUACAUACAUACAGUCACAAACAUGCACAAAAACAUGCAUUGCACACACACACAUACAUAUACACACACACAUGUACAAGCAUGCAUACACAUACACACUCUGUGUGUGUGUGUGUGUGUGUGUGUGAGAGAGACAGAGUACAUAUGUCUGUGUAAGAGUGACUGUGUGUGUGUGUGUGUCUGUCUGUGUGUCUGUGACGGUCCCGUCUUUGAC